UUUCAGAACAAAAAACAGUACGUUCGGAAAAAACAGAAAAAUUUUGCCAUUUUCACAAUAAAAAAAAACCGCAAAACAGGUGCUUCAAAAUCAGUACAGUACUGCUAAAAUCAAUACGGAUGGUCACCGUAGUUUUUACAAAAUGAAGAGGAGCGUGAUUGGGGGUGCUGGUAUACUAGAAUUUAUAAAUGAAAUGCCAUCUAGAUCUAGCUCGGAAUCAUCAUCAAGCUCUGAGGAAUCGGAUAGGCAGGACACCAAUAAAUGCCAAAACUUUUGCAAAGUCAUUGGAGGCUAUGUCAAGAAUGAAUUCAAAUCGCACAUGAGAUUGCGGCGUUCGACCGUGGAAUAUUUUAUAGAGAAAUAUACAAAUAGCAUUGAGCCCAAAACAAAUACUGGUGGAUGAGAAAUUGUACCACCUGAAUAACACCGUCACUUUACGGCAGCUUACUAAUUUGUUUGGAGCGUCUUCUUCAACUGCUUGGACAAAGUAGCAUUUUAGUAGCCCCUUGGUUUCCACCGCCGUCCAUGUCAUACGUUUUCUGCAACAAAUUUAAUUUAUAUUAAAGUUUUUUAUUCAAUAAAUUCAAUACAAAACACUUA